UCAUUUUCAGGCUUCUCCAAGAUUAGGGGUACAGUACAGCAAAAUUUGUUUGUUGUUGAUACGACUUGUGUUGCUAUUACAUGAAUAGUUAAAAAUCUUGGUUUCGUUGUUACAAUGUACUUAAGAGGAUUUAAAAUUAUACCUUCAGACAUGCUAUAUAUUUUAUUUUCUUUGACUUUGGUGAUUGAUUUGUGUCAUUGUCGAAUCCACAAACUAGAGAUUAAGCAAGAUAGAAGAAAAUACAUAGCCUUAAGUACAUUUGGGUUCUACAAAGAAGGUCUUUUGGAUGUGAAGCUCAUUAAUUUCCGGGGAGACCCUCCUCUUAAGGAUACUGAUAUUUAUGGCUUCAGUGUGGACCGCACGAUGACUGAUGCCAUGAAUCCGUAUCUAGACAUCCAUCAAGACCAAUGUCUGCUCACCUCUCAGUCUUUGCUACCCACCAGUGCUGGGGCAGUACUCUUCACCCUUGAUCUCAAACAGAAGCUGUUGCGAGUGAACUGUACCGAGCAGCUGAAGUUUAUACACAUCUACCGCAACCGCAGUGCCAUCCCACCUUUGCGACUGAAGAGAGACUCGCUCAGUGAUCAGAGCCUGUUGCUCAACCGCAGGAAACGCAAUCUCGUGCAAAAAGAGGAAGGAGAGGAGAAAAUAUCAGCAACUGGCGAAAAAUCACCAUCUUGUGCAGAUUUCCAGAUACCCAUAGUUUAUGACUCCAAUCAGAAAUCUUACAAUACAAAUUUUGUCAUCUACGUCGCUACAGAGGCAGAGGAAGGACUUUAUAAUCUUUACUUCCACAGCUGUCCAAACUAUGGGAGUUCUCCUGUUGAUCUGUAUUUUACUAUGGAGAUAGAAGAGAACAACAAAGGCAACUAUCUGUCUGCAGGAGAGAUGCCACUUCCUCCCCUCUACACAAUGAUGUCCAUAUUGUUCUUCUUAUCAGGCUGCUUCUGGGUCUUCAUUCUUGUCAAGAGCAAACAUCCAGUGUACAAGAUACAUUAUUUGAUGGCUGUGCUGGUGUAUCUCAAGUCUCUAUCUUUGCUGUUCCAUUCCAUCAACUAUCACUUCAUCCAAGUGCGAGGAGCACAUGUGGCGGCCUGGGCUAUACUUUACUAUAUCACACACCUAUUGAAAGGUUCUGUGUUAUUUAUCACCAUUGUCCUCAUCGGGACUGGCUGGACAUUCAUCAAACAUAUUCUCUCUGACAAGGACAAGAAGAUAUUCAUGAUUGUAAUACCAUUACAGGUUCUGGCUAAUGUGGCUAAGAUAAUAAUAGAGGAGUCAGAGGAAGGGGACGUGGAGUAUAAGACGUGGCUGGACGUGUUCAUGCUGGUGGAGCUCCUGUGCUGUGGUGCCAUACUGUUCCCAGUUGUCUGGUCAAUCAGGCAUCUGCAAGAGGCUUCUCACACUGAUGGCAAGGCUGCUAUCAACCUCCGUAAACUGAAACUUUUCAGACAUUUCUAUGUUAUGAUUGUGUGUUACAUCUACUUCACUCGCAUCAUUGUGUACUUAUUACAGAUAACAGUUUCGUUCCAGUAUAAGUGGCUGGAUGAGAUGUUCCGUGAGAUGGUGACUUAUGUUUUCUUCGUAAUGACAGGGUAUAAGUUUCGGCCAGCAUCGGCUAACCCGUACUUCCAGGUCAGCAAUGAGGAAGAUGACGAUGCAGAUGAAGAGAUGGAUGUUGUGGUGAGCCAGUGUGGUGUGAAGGAAGGCUUGAGCAAGCUGUCCCGUGUCACAAUGGAAGCUACACAGGAAGAAAAAGACUCUCUCAUCAACAAACGGGAGAGCAGCCACGAGUACGACUGAAUACAGAACCUGAUGAUGGCUAAUUCUGCUCUGCUAAGCAUCCCAAGCACAAUCGUGUUUGUGUGUGCUAAAACCUUGUACAAAUAAUGUAAAUAUUUGAAGGGCAUUUCUUACCAUUAAUAUCUACAAAAUGCACUGCCUCCUUUCUUGCUGAGCAAUACACCAAUAGUAGAUAAGCUUAUAAAACGUAAAAGUUACGUAUUUAUGUUUUGUGUUCUUUUUCUUUCUUAAAUGAUAUUUUUGGUAUGUUUUUAGGUAAAUGUGGUUUGUAAAAUAAAUACAAAUUAUUUUAUGAAUAAAUUAUUACUUGCAAAUUUAUAUUAUUUUGUAAAAACAUCAUAUAAAUAACUGUAAAUUUAUACAAAUAUUUGUAUUAAAAAAUUUAUGUAUAUACUUAAAAUUAGAUACAAUAAAAGUAAUUUGUAAUUUUUGUCCGCUAAUAUGGCUUUUAAAAACAUUCGGAAGUUCAAGCUGUGUAAAGCUAAUGUUAAUUACAUUUUUGUCAAGCUUAUGAAGAGCUGUAUUUUGUGAAUUGAUUUAACUUGUUUUCUAAGUUUGACUUACUUAGAUGGUUUUGCUUAGUUUUGUGAAUAUUUCUGGCCUUGAAAUUAAUAUAGCAAUAAAAAUGAGGUUGAUGUACUCAACAGUACUGGAAACUAGUCAUAAUCCUGACUAUGUCUAUACCUGUAAUAUCUUUUAGAAACAUAUUGUUAAUAAUAAGUUUAACCAGUUUGAUUGUCUAUUUAUUAUAUUUAUGAUAUGUACCUCAUUUGACUUUGCAGCUCUCCUGUACACAUGUAAACUUGUUUUCUGCCAUUUUAGUGUAAUCUGAUUUAAUAUAAAAUAUAUUUAUUUUUUAAUUUUAUUUAGUUGUUGUUUUUAACUUAUAUUUAGGCUGAUAAAUUAGAAUCAUAUUAUUUGAUUGCAAUGCUUUGAAUAUAAAAAAUAUAGAUUAUUAUUAUUAUAACAAUUUUAGUGAUUUUUUAAAUUUAGUUUUGUGAAGUAUCUCAAAAGAAGAUAGCACUUUUAUUUCAUGCUUAGUCAUUACCACUUCAUUAUAAAGUAUGAUGUGACAGUACAUUCUGAGUCAUAAUCAAUUUUCUGUUCAAAUUAUUAUUUUAAACCUAUUUUGAUACAUUUAGACUUUUUUUGCUUGAAUUGUCUUCUUAGAAAUUAUUGUAAAUCAAAAUUAUAUUUAAUUUAUUUUCAUAACCAUUUAACAUGUUAAGUGCCAGAAGAACUUUUUGACUAUUCUCUAAACUGUGAUAUUAGGGGAUCGUUCAGAAAGGAAGUUGCUUUAAUAAAUAAACAAUUACACGUAA